AUGCUGGAGAUAGCUAUGCCGAUCCAAUCGGUCGUAUGGCUUCGAACAAGAAACCCGUUUGAUUUGCCGGAGGAACAGAUUCAUCCAGUUCUGUGGCAAGACAUGUUUGUCUCUAUGACAGACGAUGAUUACGAGCUUUUGCAACCUGCCUUGAUUCUUGCGAGCGCCAUCCCGGACGACCGUACCACUCUGCAUUUCUUCCAUGCUUUGUCGGAUCCUCAUCACCAUUCGUGGAUCAAUGAUCAGAAUCUGGAUGAUCACGACGAUCUUGAUGGAAAUUCUGGAGUUGGCCUCACGGAGAUGUAUCGAUGA